GCCAGGACCCACUCCUGUUGCUGAAAACCCUUCAGCUUCUCUGGAAAAAGCAGGAGCUGAGGAAGCAGCUCAAGGAAGAAAUCAGGAGGGGCUUUGCCGGACUGCAGGAGCCACUGGCAGGACUCCUGGCCAUGCUGGAGAGCAGCAGUGAUUGGAAGGGGAAAGGGCAUUCCCUGGGGUAUUACAUCACCACGGAGCUGCAGCUUUGGAUAAAAGAGCAUCCUGCUGUUCCACAGCCUGGCAGCAAGCUGGAGGAGCUGCAGAUCCGUGUGCUGGAGCUCCUAGCCCAGUGCCCAGCUAAUCUGUUCGACCCCCUGAUCAGCAUUUACCAGCUCCACACAGCAGAGCGGAACUGUUUGCUCCAGCAUGUCAGUCAGCUGCAUCACAAGGGCCAUUACAAAGAG